AACCUCUAUUGCCCGAACCGGCCCGUUUCCAACUCGUAAAACCCCUACCCCUAAACCGAUCCCCUCCGCCGUUAAACUAAACCACCCGUUACCGUCGCCUGAACACGGUUACCCGCCGCCGUCAACCUCUAAACUCCGUCACAGACUUUAACGCCGUGUAACCUUCACACAUCAUCUUCAAACAAUGGUUGAAAACAGAGCAGUGGAUGUGAACAGAGUGUUCAUAGGUGCUGGAUGCAACCGGAUCGUUAACAAUGUUUCCUGGGGCGCGUGUGGCUUAAUCUCGUUCGGUUCUCAAAACGCCGUUUCCAUUUUCUGUCCUCAGAGUGCGAGGAUAUUAACUACGCUUCCAGGUCAUAAGGCGACUGUGAAUUGUACGCAUUGGCUUCCAAGUAGCAAGUUUGCAUUUAAAGCCACUGGUUGGGAGAAACACUAUUUACUCUCCGGAGAUGCUGAAGGAGUCAUUAUUCUAUGGGAAUUCUCUUUAGCAGAAAACAAGUGGAAAUACGUAUCGCAACUGCCAAAAUCGCACAACAAAGGCGUCACCUGCAUCACUGCAAUUGUGACAUCUCAAACCGAAGCAAUAUUUGCGUCUACGUCUUCAGAGUGCGUAGUUAACGUUUGGAAAGUAGAUCUACCUGCUUCUGGAGGUGAUUGUACCGUCACAUGUUUGGACACACUAUCUACUGGUUUAAAACCGAUGGUCACACUUUCACUAGCCGAACUACCGGGAAGUACCACACACCUUAUCCUUGCAAUGGGGGGUCUCGACAACAAAAUCCAUUUGUAUUCUGGUGAAACAAAAGGACAAUUUGUUCGUGCUUGCGAGUUAAAAGGGCAUACGGAUUGGAUCCGAAGUUUGGAUUUUUCGUUACCCGUGUCAAUAAACGAAGAACCACAUAAUCUUCUUCUCGUUAGUUCUUCACAAGAUAAAGGCAUACGUAUAUGGAAAAUGGCUUUAUGCGACUCCGUUACUAAUUUCGACAAACGAAAAGCCGAAAACACUUUGGCGUAUUACAUAAAAGGUCCCGUAUUUAUAGCCGGUUUGUUUUCGUAUCAAGUAUCGUUAGAAUCUCUCGUCAUCGGUCACGAGGAUUGGGUAUAUUCAGUAGAGUGGCAACCACCUUCGUUAACGGAAAACGGUUCGUGUUAUCAACCGCAAAGCAUCUUAUCCGCAUCUAUCGAUAAAACUAUGAUGAUCUGGCAACCGGAGCGAACAACGGGCAUUUGGGUCAACGUAGUCACCGUUGGGGAGCUAAGUCAUUCCGCUUUAGGGUUUUACGGUGGCCAUUGGAGCCCGAAUGCCGAUUCUAUAUUAGCGCACGGUUACGGUGGAUCUUUUCAUCUUUGGAAAAACGUCGGUAACGAAUUCGAUAACUGGAAACCGCAAAAGGUUCCGUCUGGGCAUUUUGCGGCUGUGACGGAUAUCGCGUGGGGUAGGUACGGUGAAUAUUUGAUGUCGGUUAGUCAUGAUCAGACCACUAGAAUAUUUUCGUCGUGGUUUAACGAGGCUAAGUUGAAAGACGAUUAUGACACGUGGCAUGAAAUUGCGCGCCCGCAAGUUCACGGUCAUGAUAUUAAUUGUUUAGCGAUAAUUCAAGGGAAAGGAAACUAUCGAUUUGUUAGUGGAGCUGAUGAGAAAGUCGCUAGGGUUUUCGAAGCCCCGUUAUCGUUUCUAAAAACGUUAAAUCACGCAACAUCGCAUUUACACGAUGAUCUUCAAGUUGAUGUUCAGGUUUUGGGUGCGAAUAUGUCGGCUCUUGGUUUAUCUCAGAAGCCGAUUUACGUUCAAGCUUCAAGUGAGACGAGAGACAAAAGUGGAAAUGACGGUUUUGACACGCUUGAGAGUAUCCCGGAUGCGGUUCCAUCGGUUUUGACUGAACCGCCAAUUGAAGAACAAUUAGCGUGGCAUACGUUAUGGCCCGAGUCACAUAAGCUUUAUGGUCAUGGGAAUGAACUUUUUUCACUAUGUUGUGAUCAUCAAGGGAAGCUCGUGGCAUCGUCUUGUAAGGCCCAAUCAAUGACAGUGGCGGAAAUAUGGCUAUGGGAGGUUGGUAGUUGGAAGGCGGUUGGGAGGCUGCAGUCUCAUAGCUUAACGGUGACGCGAAUGGAAUUUUCUCACGACGACAAAUAUCUUUUGGCCGUCUCAAGGGACCGCCAUCUGUCACUGUUUUCAAUAGAUCGAACAGAGGGAUCGGAUCAAAUCAGCUACCAGCUAAUAACCAAGCAAGAGGCCCACAAAAGAAUAGUAUGGGCCUGUUCUUGGAACCCAUCAGGCCACCAAUUCGCAACCGGAUCACGAGACAAAACCGUGAAGAUUUGGGAGGUGCAAAAGGAAAAAUCUUGUGUACAGCUACUCACGACUCUGCCUGCUUUCAAAUCGAGUGUCACCGCACUAUCUUGGGGUGGGUCCCACCGCCAGAACGAUGACGGUGUGCUUGCCGUUGGAAUGGAAACUGGUCUCAUUGAGCUUUGGGGUCUUUCUCUUAACAAAAAUGAACAUGGUUCGAGUUUUUCGGGGCCAAAGGCGCAUGUUCUGAUCCAGUUUGAUCCGUUUAUGUGCCAUGUUUCGUCGGUGAAUCGUUUAGCGUGGAGGAACGCAGAGACGAAUGACGAAUCUGAUGAUAUGCAGCUUGCGUCGUGUGGAGCUGAUCAUUGUGUUAGAAUUUUUAAAGUAAGUUUUGUUUAAUUUGAUAGGUGAUAUGUUAUAUUAGUUAUAUUUUUAUCUACCAAUGGUCAAAAAGUCAAACAGGAGGAUAAUCUUGAUCGUUUGUUGUGUUUUCAUAUUGUGUAAAGAAGUUGGUUCAUGGUUUGACUUUUGUAAGUCAAAUACAAUGUUUUUGACUUGUAGAUUGAUAUUCAUGCA